GUUUCAUUUGCGAUCUGAAAGAAGAAGAUGAUGAUGGGAGAUCAUUAUAUGACUCAGUUAGGAUCCCUGAUGGCUGGUUUUAUGUUCGUAUGGGCCAUCUUCAAGCAAUGGUUUCCCCAAGAACUCAGUGACCAAAUCGAAAAAUACUUCCAUAAACUUGUUAGUUACAUCUACCCUUAUCUUCAUAUCACUUUCCAUGAGUAUCAAGGAGAUGGGUUCCAGCGAAACAACGCGUAUGUCACCAUCGAACGCUAUCUCAGCACCUACUCCUCCAAUCGAGCCAAACGUCUUAAAGCAAGUGUUAUCAAAGACUGUCAAUCUAUCGUCCUCAGUAUGGACGAUUAUGARSARGUWACWGAYGAGUUCAAAGGCMUCAARAUCUGGUGGACUUCCAGCAAAACYRUCMMMCAACARCGRYCYYUCUUUUCGUACCRURAYGAUGAUGAAARRCGGUUYUACAAGCUCACUUGCCAUCGCAAAAACAGAGACAUCGUCACCAAAGUUUACUUGAAACAUGUGAUCGAUGAAGGUGAAGCCAUUGCCAUAAAAACCAGGCAACGGAAGCUGUACACCAACAACAAGAGCGAAAGUGRUGGGUGGAKGAGMAAGAMRACGAUGUGGAGUCACAUCAUAUUCGAGCACCCUUCUACCUUUGAUACACUUGCAAUGGACCCAAAGAAGAAGAAGGAUAUCUUGAAUGAUCUUAAGACGUUUAGCAGGUCGAAAGAYUACUACAAGAAGGUGGGGAAGUCGUGGAAGCGAGGUUAUCUUCUUUAUGGUCCUCCAGGAACUGGGAAGUCUAGUAUGAUUGCUGCCAUGGCUAACCUUAUGGAGUAUGAUAUUUAUGAUCUUGAACUAACCUCUGUCAAAGAUAACACGGAUUUAAGGAAGCUACUCAUCGAUACAUCAAGUAAGUCCAUAAUUGUGAUAGAGGAUAUCGACUGUUCACUUGAUCUCACAGGUCAAAGAAAGAAGAAAGAGAAGGACAAGAAAGGGGAGGAGAAGGAUCCUGUUGCCAAGAAGGCGAAGGAGGAAAAGGAUAAGGAUAAUAAGGGAAGUGAAGUGACUUUAUCUGGGCUUCUGAACUUCAUUGAUGGGCUAUGGUCUGUUUGUGGUAGCGAGAGGCUGAUCGUGUUCACGACCAACUACGUAGAAAAGCUUGAUCCUGCUCUCAUCAGAAGAGGAAGAAUGGAUAAGCAUAUCGAGCUGUCUUACUGUUGUUUUGAAGCUUUCAAAGUGCUUGCCAAGAACUAUCUGGAUCUUGAAUCACAUGAACUGUUUGCAACCAUCGGUCGGUUGUUGGGGGAGACCAACAUGACUCCAGCCGAUGUUGCUGAGAAUUUGAUGCCAAAGUCAGAUGAAGAGAAUGCUGAGAGUUGCUUAAACAACCUGAUCAAAUCUCUAGAACUUGCAAAAGAAGAAGCAAGACUGAAAGCUGUGGAGGAUGCCAAGAUCAAAGCUGAGGAGGAAGCAGGCAAAAAGAAUGACGAAAAUGGUGAAAAUGUACAAGACAGUGAUGCCAAAUUAGGUGAUGGACAAGGAAAGUGUUAAAGUUAAGUUAGACAUGAUAGUUAAAGUUAGUUAUUAUCGUGACAGUUAAGUUGGUUACAAAAGAAACAGUUGGGACGUUUCAUGAAGGGGUGUGUUGGUUAAGAUAGAUUGUGUCGUUUGGAUCAAAGGUUGCAGUCCUUUGAUCAUCUAUUUAUUCUGUACAUGUAUUGUUUCAUAAUUGAUGUUGUUCAAUAAAAAUAAAUAUUAUGUUUUGUGUAUC